AUGUUGGUUGACGUUGUAGGGUUUGCGCCACCUUCCCAACCGCAUUACGAGAAUGAUGCUACUCAAACAGGGACGGACAAGCAGAUCGCUGAGGAAGACAGAACUCGCUUGGCAACACAUGAGUCACUCAACGCCAAAGCCAGUACCGAAAAAGCUUUAGCUGCUGUGGAGCAAGCGUCAAGUGAAAUAGCUCAGGAAGCAGAAGCUCUCAAGACUGCUCCGAUGCCCCCAUUGACACCAGAAGCAGCAGCGGCAGCUCAUCGAAUGGUGGCUCAUGAGUCAGAGACCAUGGCUCAAAAUUUAAUUGGAGAUGCAAGGAAGCAUGCCAAGGAAGCUUCUGCGGAAGCCACUCAAGCUGAAACGACGACGUCGCAAGCCAUAGCCAAUACAGACUUGAAAGCAGCAGCGGAACAAGUCCAGGAAGCAGGUCAGCAAAGUGUACAUGCGGUAGCCUUAUCGAACGAAGCAAUGGAGGAACUUGCCGAAGCAAAAAGACUUCUCGAAAAGGCUAAGAAGGCGGCCACAGCGGCAGAUCUAGAGAUGUCUCCAACGACACCUGUGGGGCGAGCCUGA